CUACUUAUCAUUUCAGAUUCUGAGACCAGGAAUAAGAUGAAGGAAUGGAAGUCAAAGAUGGAAAUUUCUGAAGAAAAAGAUUCAGCAAGGGCAGCAGCAGAAAGACUCCAAAGACAGAUCUCCCAGGAAUGUGAGUUAGUUGAAACCAGGGAUCUUGAGGACAAGUUAUUGAGGCAUUGGGUAAGCCCCUUAGAGGAUGCAGUGAGCCAUCUCCCUUCCCAACAGAGAGGUAUCAGUGAAAUUAAUCUCAUUCCCAAGAAAGCCACUACAGGAAAGAGAGGCCAUGGAUAUAAUGAAAAAGAAAAAAUACUUCCUGCAGGAGAAAGAUCCCAUAGAUAUGCGGUCUGUGGACAAAGCUUCAAACAGAAGUCAGGAUUAAAUGAACAUCAGAAAGUGCAUAAUAUAAAUAAGACCUAUGAAUGUAAGGAAUGUGGAAAAACCUUCAGUCGGAGCUCAAACCUGAUCAUACAUCAGAGAAUUCAUACAGGAAAGAAACCAUACAUAUGUAAUGAAUGUGGGAAAAAUUUUAAUCAAAGUUCAAAUCUUAUUAUACACCAGAGAAUUCAUACAGGAAAGAAACCUUAUACAUGUCAGGAAUGUGGAAAAGACUUCAAUCAAAGUUCUAACCUGGUUAGACAUAAGAGAAUUCACAGCGGCGAGAAUCCCUAUGAAUGUAAAGAGUGUGGGAAGGCCUUUAAGGGAAGCUCAAACCUUGCCCUACACCAGAGAAUCCACAGUGGAGGGAAGCCCUAUGUAUGCAAUGAAUGUGGGAAGGCCUUCAAUCAAAGCUCAGAUCUUAUUAUACAUCACAGAAUUCACACUGGAGAGAAACCCUAUGAAUGUUAUGACUGUGGACAAACAUUCAGUCAAAGUUCGCGCCUUGUCACACAUCAGAGAAUUCAUACUGGAGAGAAACCGUUCAAGUGUAAUGAAUGUGAAAAAGCCUUCAGGCAGCGUUCUCGCCUUACCGAGCACCAGAGACUUCACAGUGGAGAGAAACCAUAUGAAUGUCACGAAUGUUGGAAAUCCUUCAGUGGGCGCACAGCUUUUCUUAAACAUCAGAGACUACGUACUGGAAAGGAACUUGAAUGUGAAAAAGCUUGCACUUCUGACUUGGAACUUAUCAAACAACAGAAAAUUCCUAGGGAAGAAAAACUUUAUGAAUGUACUGAGUGUGGAAAAACUUUCCGGGGAAGUUCAGAUCUCGUUCGGCAUUGGAUGAUUCAUACUGGAGAGAAACCCUACGAAUGUAAUGCAUGUGGGAAAGCCUUUAGCCAGAGGUCGCACCUUGUUACACACCAGAAAAUUCAUACUGGAGAGAAGCCUUAUCAGUGCAAUGAAUGUGGGAAAGCCUUCAGGCAGCGUUCCCUCCUUACUCAACAUCAGAGAAUCCACAGUGGUGAAAAGCCCUACGAAUGUAAAAAAUGUGGAAAAGCCUUCAUUUGGCGCACAGCUUUUCUCAAACAUCAGAGACUUCAUACUGGAGAGAAAUUGGAAGAAUGUGAGAAAAUCUUCGGCAAGAAUGAGGAGCUUAGGGAAGAGCAGAAAAUCUAUCAGGAAGAGAACACUUUUAGGUGUAAUCAGUGUGGUAAAAUGUUCCAAGGCAGCUCAGACCUCAUUAGACAUCAGGUAACUCAUACAGUAGAGAAACCAUAUGAAUGUAAAGAAUGUGGGAAAACUUUCAAUCAGAGCUCAGACCUUAUGAGACAUCAUAGAACUCACAGUGGAGAAAAACCUUAUGUAUGCAAUAAAUGUGGGAAAUCUUUUAGGAGCAGCUCAGAUCUUAUUAAACAUCAUCGUGUUCACACUGGAGCAAAACCCUAUAAAUGCCCUGAAUGUGGGAAGGCCUUCAGUCAGAACUCACACCUUAUUAGUCAUCAGAGAAUUCACACCAGAGAGAAACCCUUUGAAUGUAGCAACUGUGAGAAGUCCUUCAGUGGACGCACAGCUUUUCUUAAACACCAGAAACUUCACACUGGAAAGGAAUUUGAGGAAUGUGAGAAAGUCUUCAAACAAGACUUAUUCUAA